UUCUUUGCCCGGGGUGGUUCGUUCCGAGGAGUGCAGAUAAAUAGUCCUGUCAAAAGGCGCAGCUCCUGGUGGUGCUCCUAGAGCCCCGGACCCGGAGCCAACUUCUGGCCCUUCCUCCUUGGGUCAGCGGCAGGGCGCGAUUGCUCCCGCAUCCCACCUUGCUCUCCGCGCCCACGCACCUCAGGGCCCAGGUCUCCAGUCCUCCUCCAAGCUCGCUCUGGUCCCCGCCUCCGCCGGGGAGCGGAAGGCGGAGACCAGGAGACUGGCCCUGAGGGAGGAAGGCGGGCGCGCGUGGGCGCGGGGCACCACACGAUGUCCACGGGCUCGGUGAGCGACCCCGAGGAGAUGGAGCUGCGGGGGCUGAAGCGGGGGUACCCGGUUCCCGCCUCCAAGAGGCCGCCCCUCCGCGGCGCCGAGCGCAGCUACGCCUCGCCCAGUGACAACUCGUCUGCGGAAGAAGAGGACCCCGAUGGUGAGGAGGAGCGCGGCACCGGAGGCUGCAAAAGGAAGCGGCCUCGUGCGGCUGCGGGAAGCGGCGCAGGUGGAGGUGCCGGGGGCGGCGGCGGCAAGAAGCCCCUCCCGCCCAAAGGCUCGGCAGCCGAGUGCAAGCAGUCGCAGCGGAACGCGGCCAACGCCCGCGAGCGCGCCCGGAUGCGCGUGCUGAGCAAAGCCUUCUCCAGGCUCAAGACCAGCCUGCCCUGGGUGCCCCCGGACACCAAGCUCUCCAAGCUGGACACGCUGCGGCUGGCUUCCAGUUACAUCGCGCACCUGCGGCAGCUGCUGCAAGAGGACCGCUACGAGAAUGGCUACGUGCACCCGACAUGGCCAUUCGUGGUCUCUGGACGACCGGACCCUGACACCAAAGAAGUUUCCGCAGCCAACAGACUCUGUGGAACCACCGCUUAGAACCGUGCUCGAACUCACUUACUGGGAUUAUUUGUUAAACAUGUUGCUUGCGGAGGCCAUGGAGGGAAGGCCGAGAGGGAGAGCACCCCACAGGGCAGACACAGGAUGCCUUCGGAUUCUCCUUGGCCCUCCUGGGUUGCCCGGAACUGCGAACACGAAGCAGGGCGGGCUUGGCCGUCCUCGCAGAGCGCAGGAGCUGCGCCACGACGCUUUGCCUCUGCAGAAAGAGCUCUUUUCCUGUGGACAGCGCGGACCCACGUUCAGCCUGGGGCUUUCGCUCUGUAGACUAAGCCCCGCAGCCCUGGGAACGCAGCGCCACGCCAACGAGGGUUAGGCUCCCGGCCGAGCCAGAGGGACAGUACCCGUAGCGGCCGGACUGUGCACAGCCCAUUUCUCCCGCGGACGGUGUGGUUAGACCGCGCUUUAAAGACAGGGGGCCUGAGGUCCACGUCGAGGUGUGCGUUACUUUGAAGAAAGAGGCUCUUGGCGCACAGACGCCGGCUUUGUAGCCCACCGGGCAGCGCCCUCCUAGCUGGCGGGAGGAUGUCUGCCUCACGCGGGACGCGGCUAAAACUGACUUCGGAUACCGUCUGAGGCCGGUUCUGCCCGCGUGUCCCGGGCCAGUCAGCCUCCGCGCCGGGGCCCGGCUCCCUACUACCCAGCCCAGGCCCAGAUCUCCGGCCCAAGCUCCCGUCUCUUUCGAAUCAGGCUGCGCACCCCCUUGCCGCCCUCUCCGGAGCCUCCCCACGCCGCACAGCACCAACUUGGCUCCUUUGGCCCUGUCUCUCUCUUUCCCUCCUCCGGGUUCCGGCGCCCGCCUGCAGGCUCCCCACCUCCUCCUCCUCCAGACUUCCCAACAGGCCUCUCCCAGCCCUGUCUCCCGGCGCCCAAGUUCUUCCCCGUGCGGCGGGUGGGUCGCCGGCGCCAUCGGAUACCUGAUGACCCUGCUUAGGAGGAGCGCGACACUCUCGAGAGGCCCCGCUCCCAUGAUAAUUAACAUAUGUAAAUAAAUUUAUUUUUUUAUGAAUAAUAAAACGAGUGUGUAAACUGUGUGGCACGGGGUGGAUGCGGCACCUUUUAACAGAAAAGGGUUUGGCUCUGGGAUUUCCCUUUAAAGUGCUGAGCUCCAACUCUGGACAAGGCUGUGGCUCUUUGCGGGUGGAAUGGCGGCGCUCACAUUUGGAUCGGAUCACUGCAUUUCUAGACGUCCCCGUCCUCCUUGUUUAUCUCCGAGAGUCUGAUUCUUCGGGAGGAAGAGGUUCCGGGAAGGCAAGAGCUGGGGGCCCCAUGUAGGGCCCCCAAAGUCUUCUGAGGCCAAGGCUGCACUUAAAGUUGAUACCAGUG